GGUACUUUGCGUACGUUCCGCUCAAGGAUGAAACUGACAGUUGAGUAGACUGUGUGUGUUUGCAUAGAGAGCGCCAGAUUGGCAACCCUUGCGUCGACGGACUCAACGAACGUUGGCCAACUCUCAACUUUUGACGCAAGUAAGUCCGGCAAUGCUGACAUUUGACAUCUGAGUUUCAUUCGCGCCGUUUUCUUUUAAUUUUUCAUUUGCUCAACAAAAUUCCUUCAAAACAAGAAAAACAUAAAUUUGGGAAUAUAAAAUGGAGUUUAAAUUAAUUGAAGCGGUGCAAAUGCACCCUUGCUUAUAUGAUAAAAGUAUAGUGGCUUAUAGAAACCGGUUGGGGAAAGAAAAAGCGUGGAAUUAUGUGGCGGCCGCCACAGGUUGCAGUGGUAAGCGGCGAUUCGGGUACGGUUUAAUUGUUUGUACAACGACUUUGGGUUGCUGUGCGGUUAAAAUAUGCUUAUUUCGCACACACACCGCCUUCCCCUCCGACCUCCACCCCAAAAUCGUUGUACAAAUAACUAAACAUUUCCCGUACCUUGUGUUUUCCAAUGUUUUCAAAAAUUUAUCGGCAGUGGAACAGUGUCAGAGUCGCUGGAGGUCCCUUCGCGACCGAUUUGUAAAGGAAGAAAGCGGAAGAAAGGCGCCUUCUGGGAGUGCUGCAAACGACAAGGACGGUAGUGGAUGGAAAUAUUACGAGGCAUUGGCAUUUCUGCAACGGCACGUUGCACCACGCAAGACGUUUGGCAACACAACGUUUGGUACCAACAUAAAUUUUGAAAAAUGUACACCGCAGCCUGAGCAAUCCAUUAAUGUAUAUGAGUCGCAACCUCUUUUCGAAUAUUCCUACGAUGAAGAGCCCGUAAUUGAGCAGACGCAGCAGACAGGGCUACCUACAGUGGUUCAAAAAUCAACGUCGUCUCUUGUUGACUUCCAACCCGAAGAAGAGCCAAUUGUGACCCCUUCUAGAGCAUUGAGUCGGAAAAAAGAUGAGGAGCGAUUGGACACUCUGUGUGGAGCCGUAAGCGACUGGUUAAAAAAAUCAGAAGCUGCUCCCAGUUAGCCGUAAUUCCGAUUUUUUAAAUGUUCUGGACAGCUAUCUUCUGAAAUAUGAAGAAGAUAUUCAGGACAGAAUGAAAAUUGAAAUAUUGAAUUUUGUU